UGUGUGUCUUGUGAAUGUUUAAAUUGUUUUGUUCAAAAUAUAAAUCAACAUGUCCUCCGUUGGACACAUAACUAAAUUGAUUGUCAACAUAAAUAAAUGCCAAACCCGCAUCACUUAUGCAGAUGGCUCUACACGUACGCUCAGUGCAAAUCCUUCGGGUUUUUCAUUUCAUGCGAUGUUACCUACUCCCAGCAUUAAGGUUGAUUCCAAUCCAGCCACUGCCUUCCUUGCGAAACAUUUCGAUAGUGAAAAUAAUUUUCUUUUGCCACGGAACAAUGAUCAUCGUUAUGAAUAUGAUCUGAGAUAUUGCUAUACAGAGACUCUGGAUUGGCCUAAGCUGCAAGUGGCUGAAAUCAAGGAAUGGCCAUGGCCAAAAGAAGAAUCUUUGCAGAUAUUCAAUAGGUUUUGGCAUUUGGAUAACUGUUUUUGCAAAGAUUUUGUGAUCACUAAUCAAUUUCAGCAUCCCAACUGUUUCUGCUUGCAAAUCAAAGAGACCAUGGAUCAUGUUAAUGAAAUGGUGAGUCUAGAAGAUAAUGAUAAAUCAGAAACGGGUGAAACCCUAUUAUCCACCGACUUGAAUACCAAAAUGAUGAGUGUCAAUGGUUAUCUGAAAGAACUGAAUGAUCUCUUGGAAUUGCAGGACAAACUCAAUAAACGUUUGGCCAAAAAGAAAAGGAAACGCUUAAGCCUAGAGAAAUAUUGAAAAAUUGCAUUGUGUUUAGACGUAUAGUAUUUGUAGUUUAGUUUAUUAAAACAUUUUUCAUUCCAUAGA